AUGCACAGACCUCAUGGCCUGCAGCGAGUCAUUAUUCAUUUCGACUACGACUGUUUCUACGCCUCAGUUGUCGAAAAUGAGAACCCGGCCCUCAAAUCGGUGCCGCUGGCCAUACAACAAAAGCAAAUUGUUGUAACCUGUAACUACGAAGCACGACGAAGGGGUCUACGGAAACUUCAGCUUAUCACCGAGGCCAAAAAAGUGUGCCCGGAGGCAGUAAUUGUCCUAGGUGAGGACUUGACUCGUUUUCGUGAUGCGUCCAAGGAUCUGUACAAUUUCCUCCAGCAGUCCAUCUGGAGUGGGAGGGCAGAGCGACUUGGUUUUGAUGAAGUCUGGCUCGAUUGCACGGAUAUGGUAGACUACAACCUGGGUUUGCUCAAUCCUAAUGAUCUUACUCACUCCUUCUUCUGUACGAACAGAGACGACCCUACGAUUGGCUUCGCAUACGACGCAUCGAGUGUGUAUGGUCCUACCUUUCCGCCGAGUCCGUCGCUCUCUACCCACGUCUCUCAAGAGUACGAAGACUUGCAAUUGCGCCUUGUACUUGGCAGCCAUCUCGCAAGACAUCUUCGGCACGAAUUGGAAUCCCAGAAAGGAUACACAUCCACGGUGGGAGUGGCUAUGAACAAGCUAUUGGCGAAGUUGGCUGGAAACGUGAACAAGCCCAAAAACCAAACGACAAUUUUGCCACCAUGUGAACGAGUUGGCGAUGCUGAGAGCACUGUUACCCAGUUCCUUGAUGACCAUGACAUAGGAAAGAUCCCCGGCAUUGGAUUCAAGCUGGCCCAGAAGAUCCGUGCCUAUAUCCUCGGGCGAGAUGCGGCUUUUUCUGCAGGUCUAGUGUAUGGUGGCACGAAAGAGUCAGUGACUGUUGCUGAUGUCCGCACCUAUCCUGGUAUGGGAUCUAAGCUGCUCGAGGAUAUUUUGGCUGGCCCAGGCUCAACAAAAGGUAUUGGAGGAAAGAUCUGGGACUUGAUUCAUGGGGUUGAUGAUUCGGAGGUCGCGAAAGUGAAGCGCAUUCCUUCGCAGAUAAGCCAGGAGGAUUCGUACAUGAAGUACCUACACUCCUUCGAAGAAGUCAAAAAGCAGCUCCAGAUUUUGGGUGAGAGAUUGAUUCGCCGCAUGCAAAUUGAUCUAUUAGAAGACACCGACGAGGUUGGAGGCGAUAUCGAAAUCCCGCAACGUCGCUGGGUUGCACAUCCCCGGACUCUGCGACUGUCUACAAGACCUCGUCCAGCACUGGGUCCAGAUGGAGCACGAGCUCGCAUUUUUCAGCGCACUUCUCGAUCGGGGCCUAUGCCGAACUUUGUGUUCAGCCUGAAUGAGACCCCGUCUGCGCUAGCCCACCGUUUGGUCGAAGAAGCACUGAUUCCAAUGUUUCGAAAACUACAUCACGAACAGGCCGGCUGGAAUCUCAGCUUAAUCAAUGUUGCUGCCACGAACAUGGCAGAGACAGCAGCUGAGACAAAAGAAAGUCAGGGGCGGGAUAUUGGAAGGAUGUUCCGGCGACAGGAUGAGGUGCUCAAGGACUUCAAAGUGACCGUCCACCCACAGGAAGCGGAGCACACUGGGUCGGCCAUCCCGUUGUCUCCAGCUGCUGAGUCCUCCGACGCAAUGAUGGCAAACUUCGAAAUUGACAUGUCGGCAGAGGAUGCCUGGGAAUCGGAAGAUAGCGAGAGCCAGCCAUUGGAGCGGUGCGAGGUCUGUGAAAACAUCAUUCCGGCAUUCGCAUUGGCUGCGCACCGGAGGUACCACGAAUUAGUCGUAAGCCAUGACGAAUAG